AUGAUCCUGCUGGCAACCAUCUUCGCAGCUUGCGCGAUGGCACGGGGCCAAGAUUUUGAUUUGAGUUUGCAUACUUUUUGGACGCAGUUGGACGACAAUCGGUCUGGCGGUGUUGACAAGCUGGAAUUGACGAGAUUCGUGGCAAUCACCGCUGUUGCAAGUGAGUUUCCUCUACCCACAUCUGAUGACGAGGACGGUGGAAACAAGUUGCUACGAACGUUGAUUGAUACUACAUUUUCAAAUUACGACAAGGACAUGACAGGUGAAAUUGAGCUCGAUGAAUUGGACGAUGCCUUAGUCACUGACAUACUUGGCAAGUAUUUGGAGGGGACGGGCUCCAGCAUCUCAUCUUUGAUGUAG